AUUCAUAAAUAUUCAUAAUACUUCUUUCAGAGAACUACUGUGACGAUCACAUGAGAUAAUGCAUGUGAAAAGGCUUAUGAAACCGUAAAGACUGUCUUAGUGGCAGAAUUCUUUCUUUUCCUUGUCUUUCAAGCGGAACCCAGAAGGCUGGGAUACCGGGGGAGGAAGGCGCGAGGCCAAGCGCAGCCUCAAAGCAGUCAUUGUCGUUGGACAGCCCUUCCCCCGGCCCAGAGCGCAUCUCCAUGGCAACGUGGGGCUUCGCCUCCCCCCCUGCCUCCUGGGGCCCACAAACCGGAAGCAGUCCGCGCCGGGGGCUGCUGGGAAACGGCUCGUGAGCGGCGUUUCUGCGUCGGCCGAGGACAGCGAAGCGGCUGUGGUUCCCGAACCCGAGGAGUGCCUGUGAAGAAAACUGGGUAUUUCCCUAAGGUAUCUUGCCUUGAUUGUCUUUCCUUGAAGUAUUACAAAUCAGGAUGUCUGCACAGUCAGUGGAAGAGGAUUCAAUACUUAUCAUCCCAACUCCAGAUGAAGAGGAAAAAAUUCUAAGAGUGAAGUUGGAGGAGGAUCCUGAUGGUGAAGAGGGGUCGAGUAUCCCCUGGAACCAUCUUCCUGACCCGGAGGUUUUCCGCCAGAGGUUCAGGCAGUUUGGAUACCAGGAUUCACCUGGGCCCCGGGAAGCUGUGAGCCAGCUUCGAGAACUUUGCCGUCUGUGGCUCAGGCCAGAGACACACACAAAAGAACAAAUCUUGGAGCUGGUUGUACUGGAGCAGUUUGUUGCCAUCCUCCCCAAGGAGCUACAGACUUGGGUUCGAGAGCAUCAUCCAGAGAAUGGAGAGGAGGCAGUGACGGUCCUGGAGGAUUUAGAGAGUGAACUAGAUGACCCUGGACAGCCAGUUUCUCUUCAUCGACGAAAACGGGAAGUGUUAGUGGAGGAGAUAGUAUCUCAAGAAGAAGCUCAGGGAUUACCGAGUUCUGAGCUUGAUGCUGUGGAAAACCAGCUGAAGUGGGCAUCCUGGGAGCUCCAUUCCCUAAGGCACUGUGAUGAUGAUGCUAGGACUGAAAAUGGAGCUCUAGCUCCAAAGCAGGAGAUUCCUUCAGCAGGAGAAUCUCAUGAAGUUUCCGGCACUCUCAAUAUAGGUGUUCCUCAAAUCUUUAAAUAUGGAGAAACCUGUUUCCCUAAGGGCAGGUUUGAAAGAAAGAGAAAUCCCUCCCGAAAGAAACAGCAUAUAUGUGACGAAUGUGGGAAACACUUCAGUCAGGGCUCAGCCCUUAUUCUUCAUCAGAGAAUCCACAGUGGGGAGAAACCCUAUGGAUGUGUUGAGUGUGGGAAAGCAUUCAGCAGGAGUUCCAUCCUCGUGCAGCACCAGAGAGUCCACACUGGAGAAAAACCUUACAAAUGUCUCGAAUGUGGAAAAGCUUUUAGCCAGAAUUCUGGGCUUAUCAAUCACCAGAGAAUCCAUACUGGGGAGAAACCUUAUGAAUGCGUUCAGUGUGGGAAAUCCUAUAGUCAAAGCUCAAAUCUUUUUAGACAUCAGCGAAGACACAAUGCAGAAAAACUUCUCAAUGUUGUGAAAGUUUAAGAAAUUAAAAAAAAAAAGUCAGCACUCAGGUCUUUUUCUUCUGAAAUGAAGACAAAAUUGAAAACAUGAAAUGACAUAGUUUUCCUAUAGACUGUUAGAAAAUCCACUGGGAAAUGUAGAAAAUCUUCACCCAUUAUUAUUAUCUUGAAAGGAAUGGUGUCAUACCUGCCUAGAAACUGAAAUUUUAAACUUAAUUCAGGUGUUAAUGCCUAAUCUUCCAUGUGAUAUUUCUUAUUAUUUUUCCUAAUGAUGAACUACCUGAUCUUUGUCCCUUUGUUACAAAGUUUGCUUCUUAGACAGAUACAUUAUUUGUGUUGGUCAUCAAAAUGUUCUUUGCAAGGAUACAUUCCCUUCUGCAUUGAAAAGCAACAUAAGAAUUACAAAAUCUGAAAACUGAAACCACUUUUUCCAAAUUUACCUGUUUCCUUUUACCUAAUUUGAAUAUGAAUUUUUGAAAAUAGAAGAUAAAAGGUGACCAAAAAGCAGAGUGAAAUGAGCCUUAAAACUCAGAUAAGAAGUGACGGUUGAUAAAACGUCAAAAAGUGAAAGGGACACCUAGAUUGGGGAAGACUGACAAAUACUUUGAUCCAAGAAUUGAAAUGUAUCAAGAAUUUAUUCUAGGUAUAAUUAUCUGCCUGCUGGAAAACUCAAAAAUAGCUCAUCCUACCUGUAAUUGAGAAGCAACCCACUCAUGAAAAUAAUGUCUUCUCAUGUAUCAUUAGAAAGUGAACAGUCUAAACAAACAGUUGUAAAGCUUUGAAGGUAGAAAUUAUAACACUAGGGGAGGAUCUGUAGUGAAUGGCAGUGUUGAAGGGCAAAUGUAAACGAGUAAUGGUCUGUCUUGGCUUUUAGAAAACAGAAGACUUGAAGAUCUAAGUCGUCGUUAUUUUUCCUUCAUUUUUGUUGAGGACAGGAAAAUCCCUGAUAGGUGAGGAACAAGGUAUCAGGGUUUUGAUUUUACUCUUUUGGUACAAAAGGGUUGAACACCAAGCUAACAGAGCAGCCAUGCGUUUAUUAUUAAAUUUUCUACCAACAAGGCACUGUGCUAGGUACUGUAACCCUGCCAUGGGGAGGUAGGUAUUCUUCCACUGUAAAUCACUGGGGGUUGGUAUAAAGCUGUUUCCUGUGAGUUAGCCUCUCCCCCCCCCCCACCGACCCCAGUCUAAGCAGUCCUGGGAUGGGGGGUCACCUCUGAGAUUCCUAGAGCCAUAGUUCUCUUACCAGGGUGUUGUAUUGGGGAAAGGAGGACUCAGCUCAAAGAGCUAGCCAGCUUGUCAGCAGUCUUCAGAGGUGAGUCCAAGAUAAUAUCACAGUUUGGAAGUUUAUGGGUCUUUUAUAAAAAAAAAAAAAAAAAAAAAAACUAAUCAAUCUCUAGUAGUAUUGAGGUUGUACUUAACAUAUUAGGUUGAAUGGAUUGUUCUAUUUAAAAAAGAACUAGGCUAUUAACAACUAGUUUAUUAAUUGUCAGAGUUGGAGCUUUUUUUAAUUUUAAGUCUUAACACAUUUAAAAAAAUGUAUAAAAGUAAUAACAUUGUAGUAGUAGGAUUAUAUACUCCUUGGUUGAGAAUCCCAAAUACUGUGGUUCUGUUUAGUUGAAAACUCUGGAAGUUAAAAUACAUAGAAUAUGAGAAAAGGCUUUUUUAUAGUGGGCAUAAUUGUGUGGAAAAUGACCCAUGUGAAUAAAAAUAUUACGUAUUUCCAGAGUUUUGGGUUGCAUCUGGUGCUUGGAUCAAAUUAAAAAAUGGAAGGUGUGAUUUGCAUGAGCCUGUUAAAAAGCAGAGUAAUAAAUGCAAGGCUAGCUGGUGGAGAAGUGAGGCAGAACGGAGCUUGUUUAUAGAAUUUUUUGAUAAUUAUAAGAAAUGUGCUUUAUAGAUUAAGAUUUAUUGAAGUAUAAAUAUGUAGUAAUGAUAUAAUGUAUUUUAAGUUAUACAAGAAUAUGUAGGGACUUUUGUUUGGGUCUUUUUCUCUUUGUGGCUGAGAGGAAACAAGUCAGUGUCCAAUAAAGCUAUGAAUUCCUCUGCUCUAAGAUAAAAACGGUCUUGGGUUGAUUGAUUUAUUUAUAACUGGCUUCUUUCCAAGUAGGUUCUGAAGUGGCAUAUUUGGAAUACUGCUGGGAUGACAGAAUUCUUUUAUCAGAGUAGGUAAGAAAGGAGUAACCUCUUGGUGGCUAGAGUUUCAUGGUUUUUUAGAUCUUCUCUUUUCCUGUAUACAAAGAAGCUUCCCUGAGGUACAUUUGUCAUAAAUGCCAAAGAUGUUUGGUGUAAUGUGUGAACUUAGAAAAAAGUAUUAGAGUUGGCAAAUGUGAGUUUGUCUUGUCAUCUCUGAUACCUGUGUGUUGUUUAAGAAGGAUUCUGAGACUAAGGCAAGGCUCUGGGGGGAAAAUGGACUGGACCCCAGAAAACUGGGUGAUGAUACACAUUAAAAGGAAAUGAUUGUCUUUGUAGUCCCCAUCUCUGGUUAUCUAUUCAGUGCUUUAUGAUUUCGUCUGGACUUUCAUUGAUGUCCACUCAGAUGAUCAUAGUUGGCAAUUCUGGGGGGUGCCCAGCCUUUGAUGAAGUGGUGAUCUAGCAUUGCCAAGCAGUGGCAUCUGUUGGGUUAGCAAAUGAGCAGUCAUUAUUAAGGCAAGCAGACUGCUUUUGCCUGAUCAGUAGCCACUGAGCACUUGCUCAUUACUGCGAAGUUUUCUUUUGAUUUUCUUGGAGGUUGAACUCUGCACAUUCACACCCAGUUGGCACUUGAUCAUUUAGCAGUAGGUCUGUCACAUUUGUGUAAGUUGCAGGGAGGGUUCUAUGUACUGAAAUAAUCUGCAUGCCAGUCAUUGGGUUAGACACUACCCAUCUCCCUUAGAUUUGUAGACUAGGAAAGCAAGAUUUAGAGAUUGUGUGGCUUGCAUGUGGCCAGUUAGAGCUAAAACUCAAAUCUAGUUCUGUGAACUCCAGGGAUGUAUUUUUUUUUUACAAUGCAGUGAAUGAUGGCUAUUAAACCUUGACUGGUAAAUUUUAUGCUUUUAUCUUAUGGUUAGCAAAUAUAAAAGCUAUUAAAACAUACUUGUUUGACUUUUCUACAGUUCAAAAACACAAAAUGAAAAAGGACAUUUCUUUUUAUGGUCUAAAUUGACAAGUAAUAAUUAUUUGGUUUGCUCUUCUUCCAGACUUAGGCAUAUACAUAAUUAAGCAAAAACUUGUUAAUAGCUGACACUUGUCACUGUACACAGAUACUGUUGGAAGCGCUUUACCAUGGAUUAACUCUUAAUCCCCACACCGACCAUAUGAGGUAGGUACAUACCCCCAUUUUACAUGUAUGCACUGAAAAUUGCCUCCUCUCCCUCCCACUUGGAUGUAGACUUUUAUUUUUUUAUGGCUACAUACUAACCCAUUGCAUCAAUAACGCUAUAACUGGGACUUCCCAGGCAGUCCAGUGGUUAAGACUGGGCACUCCCAAUGCAGGGGGCACAAGUUUGGUCCCUGAUUGGGGAACUAAGAUCCCACAUGCCACACAGCACAGCCUAAAAAAAUAUGCUGUAACUUAUUAGACAACCCCUAUUGGUAGGUAAUUUCAUUAGUUCCAUUUUUUUUUUCAUUACCAAGAAAAGUAGAGUUAACAUCCAUAUAUAUUUUGCUGCCUAUGUGGGUAUUUCUGUAGCGUAAAUAGCCAGAAGUGGAUUUAUUGGGUCAGGAAAUGUACAUAUUUAAUGUUUGGAGAAACACCAUGAGAAAAUAUUGUACCACUUUGCAACUCCAUCACUAGUUAGAGUGCCUCUUUGCCUAUAUUCCCAACAACCCUGAAUCCUUCAAUGUGUUUGCUCUUGUUUUUGGUUAAUAAGGAGAAUUAUCUUUUUAUACUUAUUUGCGAUUUGCAAAUAUACUUUUUAUUUCCAAUUGUGAAUUGCAUUUUCCCAUUUUUAAUUACGAAAAUAUAAAUGACUACCAUCUCAGUGUACAAAACUUUUAUAAAGGAGCGAAGAGAGACCCUUUUCUCCAGCAUUUCCUAUCACAUUCCACUGCCCGCAGUUGAGUAUGCAUUCAUCUAAUCUCCUUUACAUAAUUCCCAUGUGAAUAUGCAUAUAAUAUAAAUGCCAUUUUUACAUAAAUAGGAUAUAUAUAUGUAUUGUUCUGCAGCUUGCUUUUUUUGUCUCGAAAACCAAUCCUGAGGUCUUUAAAUCUCCUUAAUGGUUGAAUAAUAUUCAGUACUAUGAAAAUACCAUUAUUUAACUGUUCCCUUAUUUUUUCUUUUGCUCUCACAUUGCCAAAGUAAACAUCUCUUUCAUAUCUUUAUGCAUGUGUGUGAAUAUUUUUUUAGAAUGGAGUAGAAGGUAGAUUGUUGGGUCUAUCAGAUUGUUACCAGAUUGUCUAUCAGGGAACAAUCAGAUAGUAGACCCACCUUAGCCUUCCAAAAGGCCUUCAUGACUUUGUUUUCACCAACUGUAUGGAAAGUGCUCAUUUCCCCAUAAAGCUUUACCUGCACUUGAUAAUUUUUAUCUGAUGGGCAAAAAAGAAAAAAAGGAUCAUUUUACAUUUUCCUGAUUAAUGGCAAGGUUAAGGUUAUUUUCAUAUAUUUAUUGGCCGUUUAGAGUUUUAUGAUAGAUAGUUUGUAUCCUUCACCUGCUUUUCUUUUGAGUUAUGUGGAUAUAUGUUGUUUCUGUUCAGCAUCUCUUUCCCUGUCUUGUGAUAACAGAAUAUAUAUUGUGGGGAACCCAUUCCCUGUGGCUUAGGUGAGUAUAUGACCAGGUCAGGCCUUCCUGAGUCCCACAGCUCCUUAGCCACAGUGAUUAAAGAAUGGGCGUGUAACCCAAGUCAGGCUAAAGAAUGCCCUCAACGGAACUUCUGCUGGAACUCUUGGAAAGAACGCUCAACAGAGAUCCCACGAACUAAGGACUGUGUAAGCCUGAAAAUUUGUACUAUGUGGAAAGAGUCUGAGGGUAAACUCAGAGGCUAGCAGAAAGGAAUGAGAGCUAAGUUCUGAUGUCAUUUUUCUGGAGGCCCUAGAUCCAGCUGUGCCUAAAGCCUGCCCUACCUCUGGACUUUAACGUUUUGUGAGCCAAUAAAGUCCCUUUCUUGUUUAAAAUAACUGAAUUGGGUUUCUGUCCUGAUUAAUAUAGGUUAUUUGUAUUUUCUUACUGAUUUGUAGAAAACCUUUGUAAUUUUAAAUUCUAGACUUAUACUUUAUGCACUCCAUAAGUUAAUAAAAUUAGCAUGGCCUUCCAUGAUUUGGCCUCUGU